UGUUGCUUUUGAACAUGCAUUUGUUGUCUAAUAUGCUUCCAUCACGUAUAAAUAUUUGAAACUCGCCCAAACACAUGUUAAAAAUAUGUUGCCAGUGUCUAGGAUGCAUAGCUCGUCGCUCUGAUAAUUCUCUCCCACUUCAAUUGGAUACCAGCAAUUAAUAUGGACAAUCCUGUUGCUGCAAAUGUCCUUGGGACACUUGGUGCUGUUUGCUGGUCUGUACAGCUGAUACCCCAAAUCAUCAUCAACCACCGUCGCCAUAACACCAUCGGCCUGCAGCCCUCAAUGAUGAUGCUGUGGGCGUGGGCAGGUGUUCCGCUUGGAGUGUACAACAUCACCAAGGAGUUCAAUGUGGCCUUGCGCAUCCAGCCUCAAAUAUUGACACUCCUCAGUCUCAUCACUUGGACUCAAUGCCGCUAUUAUGACAAAAAAUGGUCCAUCUCCCGUUGUCUUCUUAUGGUCAUCCCUAUUGCUCUCAUAAUGGCUGGCAUACAAAUUAGCCUCAUCUUUGCUCUUCGGGCCGCCCACUCUUCGCAACUCACAUGGCCAGACACGUUAAUGGCGGUUCUCUCGGCUGCUCUUCUUGCCGCUGGCGUCCUCAGACAUUAUUGGGAUAUAUAUGUCCACCGAUCAGUGCGUGGGAUCUCAUUCAUAUUUGUAGGCAUCGACGCUGCCGGCGAUCUCUUUUCUCUGAUCUCGGUGUUUUUCCAACCGAGGCUAGAUAUUCUUGGUAUGGUGAUUUAUGGAACUGAGUUAGCCCUUUGGACGGGCGUGUUCGCCUGCGGAGGAUAUUUUAACUUGAUCCCCUGGAUAAAACAAAAUCUAAAGGCGUCUCCAGAGAAUGACGUGUCAUCCAACACCUCCGAGCCACCAGCAGACCAAACGACGCAACCAAUUCAUGACAUCGCUCUUCGAAAUAUGCCGUCAUCCACAUCUGUCUUUAGGACGCCAUCAAGCGAGUUUGCUGCUGCGAGGAUUAGAGCCGGGUUCCACGAUGUUGAAGAUGAGAGUGAUACAGUCUCGUGAGGAUGAUUUCGACAUUGUAAAUAUCAAGUUUGUUUCUGGCACUGCAGGAGGCCUUGGUGAAGAUGGGAAGAAUAACGAAGCGAGCAAAUUAAUCGCUAAAAAUC